AUGGCCCGCGGCACAGCCAUCAAGGAAGAGGAUGCCACCGGGUCCGCGGGAGAGCCCAAGGCCAGCAAACGGCGAGACACGCUCUCGCAGGCUGACCCGCGACCACAGUGCGACGGCGGCACCCCCGUGUGCGCAACCUGCACCGCCGUCUACAAAACACCAUGCCACUACGACGUCGAAAGCGAGAGCCGCCGCACAAAGGCAGGCACCAAGCGCGAUGCCUCCGUCGUCGCCUCGUCGUCCACGCCCACGCCCACCAACGACAACGCCGAAUUCCUGCUCCAUUCCAUCCGCACCCUGCCCGAAGCCGACGUUAACGAGCUGAUCCAGCACAUCCGCAAGGACGCCCGCCUCGAUGUCGCCUCGCUCGCCGACACCUGGCGCAAGACCGCCGUCCUCCCGUCGAGCACCCCCGUCGGCGAGCCACAGUCGUUUGUGAGCGAGUUGUCCAUGUUGCUGGGAAAGCCUGCCAUGACCCGGUCGGGCGAAAGCAGGUACUUUGGCCACACCAGCAACAUGUCACUCGUCCCAGAAGAUGAAGACGAUUCGUGCGCCAUGCCUCGUGCCUCGAGCCUCGCGCGCAAGUCGCCAACCUGGACUACCAUUACCGACGAUAUCGGCUUGGUCGAGCGCCUGCUGGACCUUUAUUUCCGCUGGUCGCACUCCUUCUACGUCGUCUUCUCGCGCGAAUGCUUCUACAAGGACUUCCGGAGCGGGCGGGAGAAAUACUGCAGCUCGCUGCUCGUGAACGCCAUGUUGGCGUAUGGAUGCCAUUUCACGGAUGAUCCAGCAGGAAGAAUCGAUCCCGACAACUUCCGCACCGCCGGCGACCAUUUCUUCGAGGAGGCUAGAAGGUUACUCUAUGAGAAUGAAGCCUCCUCGCUCACCACUGUACAGGCGCUCUGCGUCAUGGCCAUGCGUGAGCCGUCGGCCGGACGGGACUCGUCAGGUUUUGCCUACAUGGGGAGAUGCAUGCGCAUGGCCAUUGAAAUGGGGCUGCAUCUGAAGAAUUCGGCAGCGCCUGCCAUGGGACUCACACCUUCCGAGAUUGAAGUGCGCAAAGUCACCUUCUGGGGCAUCUUCACCGUGGACACUGUUUGGUCGAUUUGCAUAGGUCGGAUAUCUCAACUCCCUCGAGUCGCCAUCACUCUCGACAAGCCCAUAUUGGACGAGCCACCAGGCGGUCUUCAUGCCGAAGCCUAUCCAGGCUCAUUGCAGGUGCCACCUGGCACUGUCACCAGCCGCAUGUUUCUCCAGGAGUUCAGUUCUCUCUCAGAGCUGAUCAAUGAUAACAACUACAUGUUCUACGCUCCUAGUGCUCGUUUGACAGAUAUCAAAUUGAUAAAUUGUCAUAACAAAUACUUGGAAUGGUUCAGAAAUCUGCCGGCACCGCUGAGACUCGAUGAUGCACAACCGCAACCUCAUAUACUUGUACUUCAUAUGCUGUACCACACAGCCAUUGGCCAAUUGUUUCGUCCUAUGCUCAAGAUCGAUCUCAUCAACUUCAGGUUAAAACCCCGCGAUGCGUGUAUAGAAGCCACGAACAGUGUGUCUGAACUCCUCCGCCGGUACCGUUCACACUAUCCCAUGCGUACCUCUCAAUUGGUACUCACGCACAUCCUGUUAUCGAAUUGUAUCGUACAUCUCACCUUCUCGAAAGACGCCCAGUUUGCUUCGAGCUCGUACCGCUAUCUCGUUGAAGGCCUUCAAGCGUUGGAGGACAUGAGCGUUUGUCAUUGGUUUGGAGGCCGAGCCUGGAAGAUCAUCUAUGAAACCUCCAAGGCUUGGGAUCUAGGUUUCCCGGAAGAGUUGAGGAACAGCAAGCUGAUUCCGAAGGCUGGCACUGUGGCGGGAACGUCGGAAUCCUCUAUAGUGGUUCCGCGAGUGAACACUGAGGCGGCCAAAACGAGCCCCAGCGCAAGAUACAACUCUAUACCUUCGUCGGCUCAGCCCACGAGGAGGGAAAGCCUGAGCAUCCUCAUCUCAAGGAGAUGGUGUGCUCCGCAGCCAGACUCCACAUCGAGGGUCUCUCCCGCAUAUCGUGCCUUCGUACUCUCCGAUUUCUCCUACCCCCCAAAACGACCCCUCAUCGAACUCACAACAGCCCCCUCCACCACCGCCGGCUCAGCUGAGACCCUCUUCUGGAACCCUCUUCCCCACUUCGGCAUGGGCGUACCCAUCCUCCCUCGCAAUGACUACCCUGUCGGUCCUAUGGCUCUCGACAAUAUGCUCGGCAACUCCAAUGAGUGGGACCGGUUCUCGCGUGACGGUUUCAAGAUGAGUGAGACGUGGAAUCACGACCAGGCGAAUGCGUUUGGAGGGAGUGGCGAAGAGGGGUAUCCGCAGGUCAGUGGGGACAGUGACGGGUUUACGAAUGCGGAGGUGGCGCAGUUUAAUGGCGCGAGGCGUAUGCCGGGGCAUGUGAGUGAGGUGCACCAAGGGGGUGGGCAGGCUUUUGAUGCUAGUUGGUGGGGCGAGCAGGGGAGUAUGGAUCGAUGA